CCACACCACACGCCCACCAACGCCCUCCACCCCCCCCCGGGCCUCCCUCUCUACCUACCAACCAACUCGUGCUUGACCCACACACCACUCUGCCAUCUUUACGUCCCAUGGCAGAGGAAAAGUCACGCCGGCCAGCGGCGUCGUUGCUGAAGCAGCAGAAGCUCCCUGCGUGGCAGCCUGUUCUUACGCCGCGGGUGGUCAUCAUCGGCUUCCUCGCCGUUGGCCUGCUCUUUGUCCCGCUCGGUAUUGCCUUCCUUGCGGCAGCCAACUCGGUGAAGCAGGUUGAGGUGGACUACACGCAGUGCAAUCCGGCGACGGCGCCGAAUGGCAUUCAGAACUGUACCGUCUCGGUCGCACUGCCCGAGAUGAAGGCGCCGGUCUACGUUUACUACCAGCUCACCAACUACUAUCAGAACCAUCGCCGGUAUGUCAAGUCGCGCAACGAUGCGCAGCUCCGCGGUGAUCCGCCCAAGAAGUGGAGCUCACUGGAGGACUGCCUCCCGCGCAUCGCCGUCAACGACGACAGCUCGGAGAACAACCCGUCCGAGUGGUUCCUCCCAUGUGGACUCAUUGCCUGGUCGCGGUUCAACGACACGUUUGAGCUGACUCCGUCGGGCUCGUCGACUCCGCUGCCGUGGGUCAAGGAUGGCAUUGCGUGGUACUCUGACGUGAAGGAGAAGUUCCGCAACCCGCCGCCGACCGCACCCGGCCGCCGCCUCGAUCCGCCGGUCGACUUUGUUGACCAGGACUUUAUUGUGUGGAUGCGGACCGCCGGCCUCCCGUCGUUCCGCAAGCUCUACCGCAUCAUUCCCAACGACAUCCCUGCAGGGCUCUACACCUUUUCCAUCCAGUCCAGGUUCCACGUCCUGCCCUUUGGCGGAACCAAGGGCCUCGUCGUCUCCACCGCCUCGUGGAUGGGUGGCAAGAACACCUUCCUCGGCACGGCCUACAUUGUUGUCGGCAUUCUCUGCCUGCUCAUCGGCGUCGCUUUCCUUGCUGCACAGACUCUUUUCCCGCGCAAGCUCACUGGCGACUUUUACACCCUCUCCGAGUAAACUCCCUGCUCUCUGCUA